UGAUAUAUAUAUUUGUAUUUAGUUUUGGGUUAGCAGGAUCACUACUUAUAGUAUGUCAAGUAUGAAUAAACUCAAAUAAAUGACUGAAUGAAUAACGAAGAUCGGAAAAGUUUACAAAAGCAAAAGGACGAGAAGUAACAGAGUAUAUAAGAUCCAGUUGUCAUCACGUUGGACUUAUGUCAGUUCUUGGACAGGAGUACGCAGAAUCUGUUCACUCUGAAAUGAAGCGAACAUCAAUAUUUAGUUUAUUUUGUGAGUCGUGUACUACAACAAAGCUGGCUGGAAAAAUUCUUCGAACUUUAGUAGUUGUAUUCAAUAUACUAAUAUGGUUUGCAGGUUGUGCUGUUGUGAGCGUCAGUGUUUGGCUUCUCUUUAUUGAUCAUGCAAUGCAGAAUUACUAUCUCACAUUUCCUAUAUUAAACACAGGUCUUUUCAUAGUUCUGGGUGCGGGCAUUCUUUUGUUAGUGAUAUCGUUCGUGGGGACGUGUGGUGCAAACAUGAAAAGCCAAAUGCUAGUCACACUGUCCAUGAUUGCUAUUCUUCUUAUAACGGUUGCCGAAGUGGUGGGAUUGAUAUUCUUUGUGCAGAACCAACAAGCGAUUAGGGUUGAACUCAAAAACUGGUACGAUGAUAAGUUUCUUCAAUACACCGAAGUCCAAAAAUCGAAAGCAACCGUUGAUCACAUUCAGAAAACUCUGGAAUGUUGUGGACUUGCCAAAAGUACAGACUUUAUAAAUCGACUACCGAAUAUAACUGCACCCCCAUCAUCAUGCAAUGGAAGACAGACACUGGAAGCAAACAGAGUCACUCAACCAAUUCACCCAAUUGGAUGCCAAGAAAAAUUAAAAGUUUUUGCAAAUUUGUUGUUGAAUGGCUGGCCGAUAUGGUUCUCAGUUUCUAUUCUGAUGAUAAUGGAAGUUGGGGCAUUUAUAUCUGCAAUGCUGUACCUACUAUACUUGAUUAGACGAGGAAGGUACGAAUAUGAUGAAGAUGACAUUGAUGACGAAUCAGAAUUGAUCGGGUAUAGCGCAGAUGAUGUUGUAAGCUUGAAAGGUUUGGAAGAGUUUGCAAAAACGUUUCCUUUGCUUGGAGACUUGCCGAAACCAAAAAUUAUUCGAAUCGCCCGUUCGUCAAAAUCUGCAGAAUUUGGAUUUCAAGUUAUGUUUGAUGACAUCAGAAAUUGUCAUGUCAUAGUUUCUGUGCAACAAGACUCAAUUGCAGAUUUUGCUUCUUUAAAGACAGGAUCACAGCUUAUUGAGAUCAAUGGUCUCAUGGCCCAUACAGCCUCAUCUGAAGAAAUCCAGUAUAAACUGGAUUUAUCCGGUAAAGAGAUUCGUUUGUUGGUGGUGGAUGCCAUGGCUUGUGUUAUGUAUGAAGAAAGAAAUGUGGAAAUCAACCUUAGGAACGUUGAAGGGGUUACUGAUGAAAGCAUUGAAUAUCGACCAAGACUAUGCAAGAUUGUAAAAGGAGAUAAUGGCUUUGGAUUCCACCUUUUGUACCUUGAAGAUAGAAAUGGGGAAUAUAUUGAAGAUGUUACAACCAAUGGAGCUGCAGAAAAAGCAGGUUUAAAGAUUGGAGAUCGUAUUUUAGAAGUAAAUGGAGUCAAUAUUGAGAAAGAAAAAUCUCGAGAUGUAGUUGAAAGAAUACGAAUGAGUGGAAGUGUUGUUUACCUGCUGGUUGUAGAUCCAAAAACAGACGGUUUUUAUCGGAAGAAAGCUGUUACUAUCACAGCGUCUCUUGCAGCUGACUACUUCGCUGGACGCAUUGCCCCAACAGUUGCCACACCAAAACCAAAACGUAAACGAAAGAGUGAAGUUAAGCCUCGUUACUGCCGACUUGUGAAACGACCGAUGGAAGAAUUUGGAUUAUACGUUGUUAUUGAUAAUUCAAGAAUUGGACAGGUUAUUCGUUGGGUAGAUUGUGGAGGGGCAGCCGACAGAGCUGGUUUACGUAUUGGCGAUCGUAUUGUUGAAGUAAACGGACAAAAUGUUGAAUAUGAACCUCAUCAAAGGCUUAUAUCAGCGAUAGGAUUAAGCAAGAACGCUGCACACUUGAUUGUGGUUGAUGAGGAUUAUGACAGGGCUUAUAAACGGAACAAACCACGCCUCUGUCGAAUUUUCAAAGAUUCAGAUGUUUUUGGCUUUGGUAUCGAAUAUAUUGCUGAAAAUGAUGGACAUUAUAUAACGGACGUUGAACCAAAUGGUCCCGCUGAACGAGCCGGGUUGAAGGUUGGAGAUCGGGCAAUUCAAAUUAACGGAGUAAAUAUUGAUCGUCGAUCACAUGAUGAUGUUUUGUCACGUUUAAGGUCAUGUGAAGGUCAAGUCGUCUUACUGGUUAUUGACCAUAAAUCAGCGAAACAUUAUAAAAGAAUCUCGGAGUUUAAGCAAACUGGCAUGGAUGAUAUAGAUUACGAUGCUAUUUCAAUACCGGACGAACCCGUUUUUAUUCCCAAAGAUUCAGAAUCUGAACUUUUCCGAACACCAGCGGUCAGCAUGGCUGAUUCUAUCUCUAUGGCUGAAACAAAGAGUUAUGCUUCUAUUAGAAGUGAUGGUUCAUUGAAAAAUGAUCAAAGAAAGGGCCUCAUGCGAGCUGGCGAACCCCGUAAAUGCACCAUACGUAAGAACGAUAAUGAAGAACAUGGAUUCUUUUUGGCAAUUGAUAGAGACCGUAAUGGCCAGAUUAUAAGAAGGGUUGUAAAAGGAGGUCCAGCUGACAGAGCUGGCUUGAGCGAUGGUGAUAGAAUUCUAAUCGUCAAUAAUGAACCAGUGGAAACAUUAGACCAUGAAGAAGUGGUGUCACGAAUACGAGAAUGCGGCAACGUCAUUACUCUCACUGUAAUUGACGAACGAUCUGACAACUUUACGGUAAAACCUCGCCCAUAUUUAUACCGUAUUAUGAAGGAUAAAGGGGGCUAUGGCUUUUAUUUGUGGUAUGACGACAAGGGACAUUUUGUGCAAGAAAUUACGACAGGGAGUCCCGCUGAUAAAGCAGGUCUCUGCUCCGGUGAUCGACUGGUUGAAAUAAAUGGCAUUAAUAUUGAAAACGAAUCGCAUGAAGACGUGUUCUACAGGAUCAAGGCUUGUGUUAACGUGGUGACUAUGCUAGCCUUAGACACUAAGACAUACGUCUACUGCAAGAAAAACGGGAUUGAAAUUAACGCAAAAACUGCUGAAGGAAGAUUCUCCGGGGAAACUGGAUGGUCUGAAGGAGACAUGAAAAAGAACGAAGCUGUGAAAACGCCGGAGCAAAAGAAGAAAAAAGUUCAACACGAAGUUGUAUUGAGGAAAGACAGGAAUGAAGAAGGUUACGGAUUUCAUCUCGCCUUUUCAAAUUCUUUCUCAGGAGAUGAUAAUGGUUUAGGUGGCCACGUGGUACACUGGGUUGGAAAGGGAGGGCCCGCUGAUUUAGCUGGAGUCAGAGAUGGAGACAAAAUUAUAAGCGUGAACGGGACCAAUGUUGUGGAAGAAGACCAUGAACAAGUUAUGGUUCGAAUACAUGCCAAUGGACAAAACACUGUUCUUCUUGGAAUUGAGUAUAUAGAAGACGUAAAACCCCCUCAUGAUGUUGAAAUCUACAAAGAAAAUGAUUCAUUUGGUUUUUGUCUCUGGUUUGAUGAAAAUGGUCAUUACAUUGAAGAUGUGACUAUUGGUUCAACUGCUGAUAAAGCAGGUUUAAAGAUUGGGGACAGACUUAUCCAGGUAAACGGGAAAAAUGUGGAAAGCGAAACACAUGACGCAACAGUGGAGUUGGUGCGAUCCAGCAAAGAUGUUGUCGUGUUAAAUGUCGUCAAUGUUCGUAACGAAGAAGUUCGAAAACUGACCGUCGUUAGGACUUGUCACGUGUCAAAAUACGCUGGGUCCUAUGGGUUCAGCAUACAAGAAGACGCACGGGGAUUAUACAUUGAGUUUGUAAAACCGUCGAGCCCUGCCGAGCACGCUGGUUUGCACAUGGGGGAUAGACUGGUUGAAAUUAAUGGUCAAACUGCUGAAGGCUUGGAGCUCUCAAGCGCGAUCAGAAUGAUUAUUCAGUCUCAAAGCUCAAUUGAUAUCAUGGUACUUUCGUCGAAAAAAGAAACUACAAAAACAAAGACAUCGAACCCAGGACUCAAAUUAAGUCGAGUAGUUGAUAAUCCAUCCACAACUUCCAUAUUCCACCAACUGCUUGGAAAAGAAGAGAUUGAUUAUGUUGUGGAAAAAAGGGAAUAUGGGAAUGCAAGAGAAGGCGAGAAAAAAGGAUCUGAUUUGAGAAGUUCAGAAAAUAAACCAAAACGUGACAUGCCAACAAAGGUUUCAACUUUGAGGAAACAUGGAAACAAAAAAAUGAAGAGAACUUCUAGUAUUAAAAAGAAAAAGGGAAUAAAGUUAAAUAAAAAGAACACCACAAUAAAGACAAAAUAUACGAAGGGCGAUGUUAACGUUGUUUUUGAGGAUGAAGAAGCGGAAAAAUCAUCAGAAGAAGGUGGAUUCUUGGACUUUACAUUGAAAAAGGUGGAGAAACAUCUGACAAAGGGGCGAACUAAAUCUCAAAAGAAACGAUCGUUUAGUGAAAAAUCUGAACAUUUAGAAGAAAAUGGUUUGGCCGGAAAGAACAUUUUGGACGAUGGAAGUAAUGUACAAUUUACAAGAAAAGUUCCCAAGUUUCAUCUCGCUACGUCUGGCACAUUAAGAUGGAAAUUUGAUGAAACUGACAGCAGACGACCUGGUCAUAUUGUAACGAGAACAAUCGGGGAAGAAGAAUCUUUUAAGAAAGUGCCAAGAGUUGAGGAAAUUGAUGAAGAAAAUCAAAUUCCAACUGGUGGAACUUUUGCUUCUGAAACCGCUCCAACAAACAUAUUGGCAGAUGAUGAUUUGAUGAAGAUUUCAGAAAAUACAGAACUAAAUAUUCCAUCAAAAGAAAUGUCUGUAAAUGAUGGGGGAGUCCUGAGAAAUGAAAAUGAAGAUUUUUCAAAGGAAAUGUUAUCUAAAGAUGUCACUGACGAAAUAAUGAUUUAAUUAUUGAAUUGUAUAGAUGGAAUAUUGGUAUAUUGCUGUGGGGUGAGAUGGGAUACUGUUGGAACCUAAAUCCUUUUCCAUGAUCGUGUUUUUAAGAAAUAGCAACCUUUUUAUUCAGAAGCGGGGCUAUUGUUUUAUAUUUCUGUAAAUAUUCUUUGUUUGCUACUAAAGGGCAAAAAAAGAUAAUGAUAACUUGUCCCAUCUCACCCCACCCUACUGCAUCUCAUACUCCACUGCGUAUGUUUAUUUAAUUUGUAUUUAUGUUCGUAUUUCUUUCACUAUCAUUGCUUUGCUUUGCAUUACAACAAAUUUUAACCAAG